AUCGAAGUGGAGAGCGCGGCCGCAUGGCGGACUAGAGAGAGAUAGGGUUCUCUGUUGUUUCUGAGGAAUUCGGUUUUCCGGUCUUUUCCGGGGAUUCGCCCGCGCCUGGGGGACUCGAGGGGCUAAUUCCCGGAGUCGGGGUUUGCAUCGCGGAGGCGGGCGGCAUCAUCCAGCGACCAUGCCUCACCGCAAGAAGAAGCCCUUCAUUCAGAAGAAAUCAGCGGUGACCUUCCACCUGGUGCACAGAAGCCAAAAAGAUCCACUGGUUGCAGACGAGAACGCCCCCCAGAGAGUACUGCUACCAGCAGAGAGAGCAGAUAUACAAAAGCGGAAGGAAGAGGAGAGGAAAUAUGGCAUCUUCUUUGAUGAUACUUAUGACUACCUGCAGCAUCUGAAAGAGGCAUCUCCAGUUGCUGAGCUUGUGGCCUCUAGCGUAUCCCAGAAGGAGUGCCGAGACAACAUAACCACAGGAGAUGGAGACCUGCAGGAGGAGGUGCAACAGAUUCCCGUUCACUCCAUUAAUCUGCCAUCAUCAGUUUUUGCUUCAGAGUUUGAAGAGGAAACUGGAUUGCUGAACAAAGCAGCUCCUGUACGAGGACCUCGCCUAGACCUCGAUCCAGAUAUUGUCGCUGCUCUCGAUGAUGAUUUUGAUUUUGACGAUCCAGACAACAUUUUGGAGGAUGACUUUGUGGUGAAGGCAGUCGGGAGAGGGAGUGCGGAGAAUGCUGAAGUGGAUUCCGAUGAGGAUGACUGGGAGGAUACAGAGGACGAAGACUUCGACUCAGCUGGUGCCGUCUCUGAUGAUGAUGAUGAUGAUGAUGAUGGCUCAAAGAUGAUUAAUUAUGAAGGCGGGGUGAGGGAAUUCCCCUUCAUGGACGAGGAAACCAGGAGUUGCUUCACUGCUUACUCUAUGACAUCAUCUGUAAUGAGACGAAAUGAGCAGCUCACGCUGUUGGACGACCGUUUUGAGAAGUUGUACAAAGAGUAUGAUGAUGAUGAGAUCGGAGCUCUGGAUCACCAUGAACUCGAGGGUCCAAUUCAGGUGGACAGCGCACGACUGGAUGACGUUAUCAGUGAUUACCACAUGCAGAAAGCAAAAGACUGUCAAAUGCCCGAUGACCUGGGGCCAAGGGGCAAUGUUCUGUUAAAGGGAGAUGAAGAUGAGGAAGACGAGGAGAUUGAAGUUCUUGUCCUUGAGGAACCAACUGAGCAAUGGGACUGUGAAUCCAUCCUUAGCACCUAUUCAAAUUUAUAUAACCACCCACAGCUGAUAACUGACCCGCCUAAGCUGUAUCCAAUCAAGGUAUCAAAAAAAACAGGGAUUCCCUUGGACGUUUUACCGAAAAGGAGUCUGACUGCUAAACAAUUGGAGCGAAUGGAAAUGAUUAAUGUCAGUGACAUCCCCAGAGCCUCAACACAGGCACGACCACGGAAUGAGAGCAAAGAAGACAAGAAAGUCCGGAAACAGAAAAUUAAAGGAGAAAGGAAGGAGCGAAGACAGGAGAAAAAAGCAAACAGAAAUGCAUUUAAAAUGGAGAAAGCAAGACAGGAACAAGUGGUGCUGAACCUGAGACAGAACUUGCAGGGGAUCAAACUCGGAUUAUAGUAUAUAAGGCUUGUCCCUCUGCCACUGGACAUUGGAUAAUGGAGAGAUUUUGUUGGAGAUUCAGUCACUCACUGGCCUUUUAAAUGAAAGGAUAACACUUGCACCUCCACUGCCUAUGACCAUCAAACAAACCAAUGGACUCUAAUCCUUUCCAAGAUUCCCAAACCUGUGGCACUCCUUGCAACGAUUACAGCAUGGACCUGGAUCUUUCCUCAAGUGAAACUCGCCCUUUCACCCAAGGAUAAAACUUCACUAGGAUGUGUGCAGAGUGCGUUCGUAACUCCAAUCAAGUUUGCCAAGUAAUGGCUCUUUCAUUUGUGGAUAUUUAUCCCACAACAGACAGUUCUUAAAAAAAAAAUUGUGCCUGUAUUUACUUAUGGAAUGCUUUUGAGUUUUCUCAAUCAACAGGGUGAUCAGUUUAAUUUAAGUAACAUUUCACAAUGAAGUUGUCCCAUUGGCUAUAUCUGUUCAGUUGGUUGGACAGCUGGCUAGUGACAACAACAACAUGGGUUCAAUUCCCACACUGGCUGAGGUUACUAUGUAGGACUCUCCUUCUGAACCUUUACCCUCACUUGAGGUGCAGUGAUCCUCAGGUUAAACUACCACCAGUUGUCUCCCUAGAAAGAGCAGCCCUGUGGUCUGUUAAGACUGUGGCAACUUUACCUUUACUUUUAGUGUCUAUUCCAUGCAGCAGAAGAUGGCCUGAGUAGGAGCUGGGCUCUUGACUUUGUGUUGAGUCAGGGGCUUUCUGGAAGAUGUGAUGCCUCAAUCUGGCAUCAGACGAUGCAGCGCUGCUGAGAUAGCAUUCUUUGAAUGAGAUAUUUUAAUUGACGCAUUGCAAAAGUUAUGAGUUUUUAUGAAAUGAUUGCGAGACUACUUACAGUACCGGUAGUGACAGCACCAAGGUGGGGGACAUAAAUUUAUGAUGAUGAUGAUUAAAAGAUGCAUAAGGUGAGAAAUAUAGUGAAGUAUGUCCUGAAUGUGCUACCUGAAAGAAUAAUGAAGAGCAUUCAGUAAUCAGUUUAAAAAGGAAAUUGGUUAAAUACUUGAAUGGGGAAAGGUUUGCAGAGUUAUUAGCAAAGGGCAGAUAAAUGGAACUAAUCAAAUAGAUUUUUCAGACAGCCAGCACAGGUACAUAUGGGCUGAGUGGCCUCCUCCUGUACUAUGUAAUUUAUGGUACUUCAACCUAGCAAUGAACUCCUUCUCUAGACCGUAGUUGUGACGUUUCUCUGUGGUGGCAUGAGUUGUGCAACCUCUGUGUCUUGGUUGCCUCUCCAGAUGUAUACCAAAUGCAGCAGGAGGAUGAGGUACAGUUGAGCAUCAUCAAGCACUGAUCGUAACUAAUACAAGUCGACUUCAGAAACGCGUUUUAAAACCCAAACUGCAGACAUUUUCCACACUCUUGUCAUAUAACUGGUACCACUUCAGCAUUUUAUUUGAGAGAGGAAGCAGAGCGAGUGUUGUGCGCCUCUGUCUGUGUGCGCCUCUGUCUGUGUGCGCCUCUGUCUGUGUGCGCCUCUGUCUGUGUGCGCCUCUGUCUGUGUGCGCCUCUGUCUGUGUGCGCCUCUGUCUGUGUGCGCCUCUGUCUGUGUGCGCCUCUGUCUGUGUGCGCCUCUGUCUGUGUGCGCCUCUGUCUGUGUGCGCCUCUGUCUGUGUGCGCCUCUGUCUGUGUGCGCCUUCACCUCCCCAAGCCAUCGCCCUCCCUGACAGGCCCUAUGCAGCACAGAGCAUGUGGAAGCAGGAGGCAAAAGUUGGUGGAUGGGAUGUGCCAUUGCAGUGCUGGUUCUGGUGCGUGAGGAAGACAUCAGUGUUAGCUGUGGACCUGGUGUCACAGGGGUGUUUUGUUUACUUUUUUCUCAUUUAUUGCACAAUAUAGGGCAGCAGUUCAGAGAAUGAACGUCCUACAUGGUAGGUGAUAACUCUCUGGCCUUGCUCAAUGGCCUGACACUUUAGAUAAACUUUCAGAAUCAUUUGUUUGAACUUGUAGUUUCCACCAAUGACUAUGUCUUUUUAUAAGCUUUGCAAUAGCAGGAAGCAGGCAUCUGUUUUUUUUUAAAGAAUCAUGAGAUGUGGGUGUUGCUGCUAAAGCGAACAUUUGUUGCCCGUGCAUAUUGCCCUGGUGAAUGUAGUAAUAAACUGUCCCCUUAACUACAAGUGGGAAUCUUGCAAAGCCUUUGCACGUACACAAAGGCCAACCACAUUGCUAUGGAUCUUGAAUUGCAAACAGCUCAGAACUGGGUACGUUCCCUUCCCUGAAGGAACAGGCUUACCACCUCCUUCAGGAAUCCCCUUGAUUUUCCAGGAAUCAAAGGCUUAUUCUCUUGAUAUUACCGUAAGCAAUUAGGGGCAUUAAAAUGAAGUGAUUUCUUACUUACGUUCAAAGUGGUUUGUUUUGGUUGUAAAAUGAUCAGCAAGGAGUUAAAGCAGAUUGCCAACACGUUCAUGAGUGACAGAUAGCUCACUAUCUGCUAAUGAGCAGCUUGCAUUAACGUUUGGAAAAUAAAGCCAUCGCAGGAUUCAAGUUGCAAGAUGAAUUUCAUUCCCCACCCCACAGCAGCAAACCGACCUGCCAGAACUACUUGCUGACACCAGCCCCCCUAGCCCCAGGGGCUGCCACCCACGAGGAGCCCAGCCAGGAAGAGGAAGCCAGGAGGGCUAAGGAAGGGUUGAACCACCACAGGUGGCAGCAACUGGAGAAAGAGAAGGGAACUGAUUUGUGAAAGCUGAGCCCGAACUGUAGCCAGCACCAGGCACAGAGCUGUUUGGCAACAGGAGGCUAGUUUUCCUUCAUCUUCAACAUAUAUUUUUGUAAUUUAGCUAUAAUAAAUAUGUAACUGUACCAAUUCAUAA